AUGUCGGCCUGCUCUCGGGGCGCGCUGUCUAGGGCCCUACGGCUUGAUGUUCUGCGACUGAGGCCGAGAUAUCCUCGUCAACUAGCGCUCACAAUACCCUCGUUUCGCAGUACACCCCCAACCGCAAGCUCCAUCACGCGCCACGGCCGACACACACCUCGUCUCUUUUCUACUACGCGCUUUCAACGAAAAGCUGCUAUCGAGAAUUUGACGGAUGUUAUACCCGUAUGCUGCCCGGGGUGUGGCGCUUUUUCGCAAACAGUCGAGCCAGAUGAACCGGGCUACUAUGGCGCGAGCCGGAAGCAAACUCGGAAACUCCUCGCCACCAGACAACAAGCAAUUGAAGAACGGAGCACAGAGCUAGGAUCCGAAGGAAUAUCGACUAUUCAAGACAGUCUCCCUGUGGAUGAUCCCCAUGGGAAUGAGGAGAUGGUGGCCCCUCGGCCUAUCCAAGAAGGUGCACUAUUGGAGGAGGCUGAAAAUCCGGACACACCGUCUCUAGAAUCGCCAACCCGAACUACCCUUGUCUACAAUCGUGUCUACCAUGUCAUCGACGCCGCCGACUUCCCCAUGUCCCUCAUUCCACGAGUUCACGAUGCACUGUCAGUUAAGGGCCAGCGCUCAUUAAACCGACGUGCCUCACACGAAAAGUACCACGGUGGUCAAAAACUGCCUAGUCUCAGUUUCAUAAUCACACGUUCGGACUUGCUAGCAGCAACAAAAGAGCAGGUGGACUCGAAGAUGGAGUAUGUCCGCAAUCAACUUCGUGCGGCUCUUGGAAGAGCAGGGAGGGAUAUUCGAUUAGGCAAUAUCCACAUGGUUAGUGCGCAUCGCGGAUGGUGGACAAAGCAGGUUAAGGAAGAAAUUCGACAACAUGGCGGUGGUAUCUGGGUUGUUGGAAAGGCAAAUGUGGGAAAGAGCAGCUUCAUCGAAGCUUGUUUCCCCAAGGACCAGCGGACCAUCGAAAACAUGGCCCAAUGGAUUGAAGAGCAACGAGAGAGCGCCGAAGUCCCGAACCAGCGACAGGCAUAUCUACACGAUCCCAACAGCAUUUUACCCCCUGCGCCCCGUGAAGACCAAUUCCCUGUCCUUCCGGUCGUGUCUUCCAUGCCAGGAACAACGGUCUCGCCCAUUCGCAUUCCAUUCGGCCGUGGCAAAGGCGAGGUUAUUGACCUCCCAGGUAUGCAGCGUGGCCAGCUCGAGGACUUCGUUCGAGAUGAACAUAAACGGGAUUUGAUCAUGACCAAGCGAGUAAAACCUCAACGCUGUACGGUCAAACCCGGACAAUCGCUUCUGCUUGGCGGUGGACUCAUACGUCUCACUCCCGUGAACCCGGAUCACACACUUCUUGCUGCUUGUUUCAUUCCCAUUGAAACCCAUCUUACGAAGACCGAGAAGGCAAUUGAAAUUCAAACCGAGCAACGAGCAUACCCCGGCACAGUUUUUAUGAGUGAAGGAACUGGUAGCACCAUGAAGUCAGCUGGGAAAUUCGAUCUGAAGUGGGAUACUACCCGUUCAAAUCUACCCACAUCUGUUGCCAAGGCAGUAAAGGAUCGCAAAAUUCCCAUUCCCCAGCUGCCAUACCAGGUUAUGUCGGCCGAUAUCCUGGUGGAGGGCUGCGGUUGGAUCGAGGUCAGCGUGCAGGUUCGCGCCAAACGCAAUGCCGAAGAGCCGCCCAUUUAUCCCCAAGUCGAGGUUUUUACCCCGAACGGCAAACAUAUCGGAUCUCGCGAACCAAUGGAAUGCUGGAACUUCAUCGCCGAGAAGCUUAAAGCAGACCGACGGAAGAGACCGCGCAUGCGAUACCGUUAUAGUUAG